AACACAAUGUCUUCACACAUGCAAGUGGCAUAUCUCACUCGAUACUAAACAUGGAUUUAAUGAGUUCUUGCUGGUUUUGAAGAACCACCUGUAUGGAGGUGCAUUUGUGUCUUUUCCAUACACCUGCAACUGGAAACGGACAUUUCUAAGAUACUAGUGAUGAUUUUGAGUCCUCUCUGCUGAGUUUUGAGAAGCUGGAUAGAGCAUCUCCUGACCUAUGGCCAGAGCAACUGCCAGGAGUUGCAGAAUUUGCUGCAUCUUGCAAAAAUCCAAUUACCAAUUCUCCACCCAAAUGGAUGGCUGAACUGGAGAGUGAGGACAUUGAAAUGUUAAAAGAGCUGGGGAGUCUGACCACAGCAAACCUGAUGGAGAAGGUCAAAGGGCUACAGAACCUGGCCUACCAGCUGGGCCUUGAGGAGUGGCUAACAGGGGUCUGGCUGGCUCCUCUGGCGUGUGCCUGGAGAGGUGAAGCGGCCUCAUCACGAUUACUACCAUUCUACACACGGGGGGGACAAGAUGAUGUGACAAUGACACCCAGAUCACCCACUCCAAACGCCAGGGAGAUGACCAGGGGAAAGUUCCUGAACAUCCUGGAGAGACCCAAGAAGUGAAGACCCCAGGAAUGCUCUUUACACAGUAUGUGUCUGCAAAGAGAGUAAUACAACACCCAGACGACUGACUUAAGACUCAGAAUCAGACUUAUGCCUUUAUGUAUACACUCAUACUACAACCAUCAUCAAGUUCCUGGACUUUUCAUUUAAAUAGAGACAGUUGGGCUAAAUUCACUCACUGCAGAGUUCUCCUCUAACAGACCCUACACACUCUAUGCAAAUGGGGAGUGUCGUAUAUGAUCCGUUCCAGAAUUUGAGCCACACAAAGUACGUAGAACAUUAUGUAUUUGGAGCAUUAUUUUCACCUCCUGUUGCAUAAUUAGGUGAGACAAUGUCUCGGACUGUUCCCGGCUGGAGAUGUCGCUCUGGGAGCGCUCACUCUCCACAAGUUACACAUCUCCACAGGCCACUAAUAAGCCUCUAAUUGUCUUUCCAAUUGACACGGACAGAGGCAGCCACUGUCCAAAGGGCUGCACCCCCUGCCUCGUUUGCUGUCGUUUGCGUAAAGUGUGUAACGUCCUUAAGAGUCCAAGGGCUGCAACACUUUUCACCUCCUGUGGUCCUCAAAAACAGUUCCAUUUACUUUUAUAAUGAUUUGAAAUGGUGAGUCGCUUUCAAUUUCCUUUUUAGCUAGCUCGUAGGACUGUUUUGUAAAUGAGUGUAUAUUCUGUAUUUAUUCGUAUUUUUAUUUGUAUUUGUAGCAUUAUUUACAUUUUGGCAAUUUGUAGAAGAAAAUUAUUUAAUAAAGUCUUAAAAUUGAAAA